UGAAUAUAGCAGGAAACAACUUGGAAACAUCGCGCACAAGGUGUUGUACAAAUCAACCUCAAGUACUAUAUAUUUGUGUAUGUGUGUUCUUGAGAGUAUACUUUCCAUUUGAGAAACUCAAUUUUAUUUUGUGAGAGAAAUUACGAUGAGAAACCUUAAUAUUCUUAUAUUCCAUGCAUUGUUGGUGGUGUUCUCCAUUGUUGGGUUCAACUCGGCAACAGAGAAUGAAGAAAUGACGUGCAAAGAGAGGGAGAGACGUGCGCUCCUCAAGUUCAAACAAAGUCUUCAAGAUGAGUUUGGCAUGCUGUCCACAUGGAAGGAUGAUCCAAAUGCAGAUUGCUGCAAAUGGAAAGGAGUUCAAUGCAACAAUCAAACCGGCUAUGUUGAAAAGCUUGAUCUACACGAUUCUUAUGAUCAUCGAUAUUUGAGCGGUGAAAUCAAUCUUUCAAUAACUGAGCUACAACAUCUAAAAUAUCUAGACCUCAGUUAUUUGAAUACUAGCAGUCAAAUUCCAAAAUACAUUGGCUCUUUGACUAACUUAAGAUAUCUUGAUCUCUCAAAUGGUGGUUAUUAUGGGAAGAUUCCUUCUCAAAUUGGGAAUCUCUCCCAAUUGCGACACCUUGACCUUUCAUUAAACUUGUUAAGUGGCAUUAUUCCCGGUGAUUUUGGCAACAUAAUGCAUUCACUUGUGUAUCUUGAUCUCUUGUUAAACAAUCUAGAAGGCAAGAUCCCAAAAUCCAUUUGGAAUAUAUGCACCUUGGAGUCAUUUUCCGCUAGUGCGAACCAGUUGAGUGGAGAAAUUUCAGAUUUUAUAACCCAUAGUAACAAUUCCCAUUGCAUUGGAAAUGUAUCCUCAUUGCAAAUGCUCAGGUUAAGCUAUAAUCAGAUUUCAGGUAUGUUACCACCAGACCUUUCAAUCUUCCCAUCUUUGAAUUACUUGGAUCUGGUUAACAACAAAUUAAAUGGAGAAAUACCCACAACCAUUGGAUCACUUACAGAGUUAUCAAAUCUGGCGCUAUGGGGUAACUCUUUUGAAGGCAUCAUCUGUGAAUCUCAUUUCACAAACCUCUCCAAAUUGGAAGAGUUAUAUUUGUCUGGCAACUUGUUGUCUAUGAAGGUUAGUGAUGAUUGGGUUCCUCCUUUUCAAUUACGAGGUUUUGGUCUAUCAUCUUGGAAUUUGAAUUCUAGAUUUCCUAGUUGGCUUCAAACACAAAAUCGUACAUCCAAUCUUUACCUUUCAGAUGUCAGUAAUCUGCCUCCAAUACCUAUUUGGUUUUGGGGCAAAUUGCAAACACUAGAAAUAUUGGACAUUUCAAAUAACAACCUUACUGGAAAGAUUCCCAAUUUGGAACUCAAACUUACCAACCAUCCUUUUAUAGAUUUGAGUUCAAAUCAAUUUCAAGGUUCCAUUCCUUCUUUUUUAUUGCAAGCGGGUGCACUGAAUCUUUCCAAUAAUAAAUUUUCAGAUUUGGUUCCCUUUCUGUGCAACAAAAGUAAUCCAAGCAUUUUGGGAUAUUUAGAUAUAUCAAACAAUGAAUUAACGGGAGAGUUGCCUGAUUGUUGGAAUAAUUUAACCUCCUUACAAUAUGUUGACCUGAGUAAUAACAAGUUGUCAGGAAAGAUUCCCUUCUCAAUGGGUGCUCUUUCUAGUAUGGAGGCUUUGAUUUUAAGAAAUAAUAGUUUGAGUGGACAACUUCCUUCCUCAUUGAAGAAUUGCUCAGACAAGCUGACUUUUUUGGACCUUGGACAAAAUAAGUUUCAUGGUCCAUUGCCUUCAUGGAUUGGAGACAGUUUACACCAAUUAGUAAUGUUAAGUCUGCGGUUCAGUAACUUCAAUGGAAGUCUUCCUUCAAAUCUCUGUUAUUUGAAAAAACUUCAUAUCUUGGAUCUGUCACAAAAUACCUUAUCAGGAGGCAUCCCAACUUGUAUAAAUAAUUUUACUUCAAUGACUCAAAACUUUAUGAACUCAACUACAUCAAUGGACCACGUGUAUUCACCCCAAUCUGGUUCUUAUUUUAAAUUUUAUAGUUUCGACCUCUCCUUAGUUUGGAAAGGUGUAGACCUUCAUUACAAAAAGGCAGAUAAGUUCUUAAAAAGCAUUGAUCUCUCAAGCAACCAUCUUACAGGGGUAAUACCAACUGAAAUGGAGUACUUAUUUGGAUUGAUUUCCUUAAAUUUGUCAAGGAACAAUCUCACUGGGGAAAUCAGUUCAAAUAUAGGGUACUUAAAGUUACUAGAUGUUCUUGAUCUGUCGAGAAAUCAUCUGUCGGGCACAAUUCCUUCCAGUUUAGCUCACAUUGAUCGUCUCUCUGUGUUGAAUUUGUCAAACAAUCAGCUCCAUGGAAAAAUUCCAAUUGGAACACAGCUGCAGAGCUUUCCUGCUUCGAGUUUUGAAGGGAACUCUAAUCUAUGUGGAGAACCACUUGCUAGAAAAUGUCCUGAAGAAGAGCUAGUAGAACAUCAAAAGCCACAAGUACGUGCAGGUGAUGACGACAAAUCAAUAUUUUUAGAAGCAUUAUACAUGAGCAUGGGGAUAGGAUUCUUCACUGGUUUUGUUGGCUUGAUAGGCUCCAUAUUACUACUACAGUCUUGGAGAGAAACCUACUCCAGAUUCUUGAAUGCUCUAAUAUUGAGAAUCUUCAGGUGCUGGAAACAAUGAAUCUACCUGGCCAGUUUCUCUAAAGUGGAUGAAUAAUGGCAGGAUAUCCUAUUCCUACUAGAUUUGAUUGGUUAGCAGUGUGGCGUUCUCAUCCUUGACUGUUCUAUUAUGUGUAUGAUAGUAUGAAUAAAUGAGAUUCUGUUAAGACUUUAGUGUGUGUGUGUGUGUUAUGAUUUCAAGUUUGGCAGUGUUUGUAUGCAAGUGUUAUGGCUUCUGCAAUCAAGUUAGUAAUGUAAUACCUUUACCAUGAUUGUUCCA